GGUCACACUAAGCGGCCGGCGUUCUUGUUUUGAUUUUGUGUUUUUUCCUUGUUUCAAUUCGAUGACAGUAUGAGGCCCCCGCCAUGUUAGACGCUCUAGUCCAGGCAGCGGAGUUUGUAGAUCUGGUCCUGCUGCGUCCGCUGACCAGCGUGAUUGAUGUAGUGAUUGCUGUCGUGUACUACUUCCUGUGGAUCAGCUACUUCGUCGGCUUCUGUUUGGUGGAGGGCAGCAGGCAAGGAUGGAAUCUGUUGAGCUCGACGGUCAGGACUAUCAACGAAGGCAUCCGCGACUUGGCCCCCAUCACGCUAGAUGUGGCGAACUCCUUCUGCGACGGCAUCAAAGGCGGGCUCCAGAAGGCACUGGAUUUUGGUCACUGGUUCAUCUGCAACUUACUCAUCGAUCUGGGCGAUGGCAUCUUGUGGCUGCUGAUGCUGUUGCCGAGGGCCAUACUAUUUCUCUGGGACUGCCUCCUAGGCUUUGUGGUGCACUCCAUUGUGGCCCAUGGAUUGAGCUUGCUGAACAGUGCGUUCCGGGCCUCGAUAGGAUUGGCCCUGCUCCUCAUUCUCUAUAUGUUCCGUCGCUAUGUGUACCUGUUGCUCAUCUACCUGCGCCAACGUGCCCGCACCGAGAUCUCAACGAAGACGCAAAGCGUUUACCUAUGGAUCCAUUACAAAUUGCAACACUUCAUGCACAAUUUUUGGUAUGCGUCGGAAAAAGCAGGAUCCGCGAGUCCAGAACGCUGUGUCGUGUGCAUGACUCAAAGCAGGAACGUGGUGGUAAUGCCGUGCCGGCACCUCUGCCUCUGCAAAGAGUGCUCCAUGCAGCUGACGCUGCUCUUAGAAGACCGUUGUCCUGUCUGCAGGCACAACAUUACGUCGUUCCUGUCAGUUUACGUUUGAUACAAUCAUUUCUUCUUCGCUGCACUUGACUUGUAUACAAGACUGCCGAUCGGAAUUUAGCUUAUAAGUAAUUAUCUGCCACUGACAAGUUAACCAAAUGUCCUUGGUUAAGACACUUGUAAUUGAAAAACAACUAAUCUCCUCAAGUUAAACAAUGCCCACAAAGCAGAAUCGCCAAAACAGACAACACAUUUCAAUGCAGCUUUCAAUUCCCAGACACCCAAAAUAUCAAGUAAAACAAGUUUAAUUGUUUUAUGUAUUUAUUUCAAACCAAUGAAAAUAUACGAUUUGUUUUGUA